UUACCACCUUAUCUCUCCUAACAGGAAAGAGAGAAAUAAAUGUUCCUCUUACAACAUUUAAGUUCCAGUCAGCAAAUUACAUUUUUUAACAAUUCUAGUGUCUCAUGGCUCUGCAAGCAGCACUUUCAGUUCCAUCUGCUAUCUCCAUCCACAAAGAGGUGAAGUCUAAUGUUUCUCUCAAGGAGUCAGGUCUAUUUGGAGUUUCAGUCUCAGACCCCCUCAAAGCUGAAAUCAAGUGUCCUCUGAUAAGGAAGCAGGAAGUUGGAAAAAGGAAACUACUUGUUGGAACCAUUAGAGCCCAAACAGCAACUACAAGUCCAACAAUUGGCGAGGCAGCACCAGAAGCAAAGAAAACCUUGAGAAAGGGCAAUGUCAUAAUUACUGGAGCCUCCUCUGGGUUAGGGCUGGCCACAGCCAAGGCUUUAGCCGAUACAGGGAAAUGGCAUAUAAUUAUGGCAUGUAGGAAUUUCCUCAAGGCUGAGAGAGCAGCUAAAGCAGCUGGCAUUGCCAAAGAGAACUAUACAGUUAUGCAUCUUGAUCUUGCCUCCCUGGACAGCGUCCGGCAAUUUGUAGAGAAUUUCCAUCGAUUGGGUAGGCCACUUGAUGUGCUGGUUUGCAAUGCGGCUGUCUACUUACCCACAGCUAAGGAGCCAUCUUUCACAGCCGAGGGGUUUGAACUGAGUGUUGGGACAAACCAUCUUGGCCACUUCCUCCUCUCUCGAUUACUGCUUGAUGACAUGAAGCAAUCAGAUUUCACUUCCAAGCGUGUCAUAAUUGUUGGUUCCAUCACAGGUAAUACAAACACCUUGGCUGGGAAUGUACCACCAAAGGCAAACCUUGGGGACCUGAGAGGUCUUUCAGGAGGGUUGAAUGGGCUAAACGGAUCACCCAUGAUAGAUGGAGGAGAUUUCGAUGGUGCCAAGGCCUACAAAGACAGCAAAGUCUGCAACAUGCUCACCAUGCAAGAAUUCCACAGGCGCUACCAUGAAGAGACAGGAAUUACCUUUGCUUCUCUCUACCCUGGUUGCAUUGCUACAACAGGCUUGUUUAGGGAGCACAUACCCUUGUUCAGGCUUCUAUUUCCACCCUUCCAGAAGUACAUCACUAAAGGCUAUGUUUCUGAAGAGGAAGCUGGGGAAAGACUUGCACAGGUUGUAAGUGAUCCGAGCCUAACAAAAUCAGGUGUUUACUGGAGUUGGAACAAGAAUUCGGCUUCAUUCGAAAACCAGCUCUCCAAAGAAGCCAGUGAUGCUGAGAAAGCACGAAAAGUUUGGGAUAUUAGUGAGAAGCUAGUUGGAUUGGCAUAAAUAAGCAUCAAAACAGAAAAUUUUCCUAAACAAUGUGCCUUUGUCUCUAAUUUGGAAAUACCCAAGAAAUGUUUUACCCUUGUAGAAAUUUUUAGUUGCAUAAGACGGUAAAAGUUCUCCCCUUUAUUUACUCUUCAA